AUGUUACUUAGUGAUGAGCACCUGGCAUUGCUGGCGAAGUACUACGCCACGGUAGAGUUCACAGGUGAACAGAAGGACGCGCUCAUAGAAAAAUACUGGGAGGCAAAUGAAGCUGAGCGCAAGGCCAUCGCGAGGGCCUACGCAUCGCUCUUUGCCAAUGACGCCGACUUCAUUCAGCGACUGCUUGCCCACUACGAUAUGCAUGUUAGCCCGCAUGUGAGUCAGGGUGCGAGCAGUUGCAAUGAGAACGGUGAACCCUGCAAGAGUGAGGCGGAGUUAUCGGCAGGCGCUCCCGCUGAACAGGACGGAAACGGCUCCAAUAACGGCAGUCUACCGGCGCGGCCGGCGAAGCCGUCGAAAGGGCCAAGUGGCCAACAACUCACGUACUCUCAAUUGGUUCUGCGUACGGCAAUACAGGACCAGUAUUCCAAACUUAGUGGUGACGGCCCCUUUCCGAUGGCCUUCGGUUUGGUUUUGUCCGAGGAGGAGCGCCGUGAAGUCAUAGAUUUGUACUCUCUGCAAUUCCAAUACCCCGAUCAACCAGAGCUGCAGCGUCUUGUCAUACUCCCCCAAACGCAUUCCACUCGUACCAGGCGUCGUGCGAAAGGGAGCUACACAUGGUACCUACGCUCGCUCAACACUAACGAAAUGGUGUGCGCCGUGACAAUUAUGGCACACCACUAUGAAACGCACCACUUCGUCGAGGUGCCGCUGUUCGCAACUGGGGUUGGGUAUAAGAAGCAUGGCUUCGGCAGGCUAAUGAACGCAGCACUGCUGCAGUGGUGUGUAGAGACGGGGUUCGAGUUUGUGAUGAUAUCCGCUGACGUUAAGGCGAUUCCUUUUUGGUCCCAUCUUGGCUAUAAAACUAUGGAAAAAUCUGAACUCACACGUAUUGUCUUCUAUUAUGAGCACAACUGUUAUAAAUUUAAGGGUGCUGAGGUUAUGAUUCGGUACUGCCGUACGUGGCCUACGGACGGAGUAAAAGAGGCAUUGGCUCGAGUGCAGAAGGUGAUCGUGUCGGGACAUGUGGGUUUAAUGGAUGCCUAG